GUUGGGACUCCCAAGAGAGGAAGCAAUUGCGUUGUGCCUAUAGCUGGGGGAUGGCUGAGCGGGGCCCGAGCCGGCCACCGCAGCGACCCAGCACACUGCAGCUGACGCGUCCGCGGCCUCUCAGCGUCCACUCGCCGAUCGCAGACUUUGCCGACAGUCUGGCCGAGCAGCUGGUGAGCUCUGCUGCCGCCGAGCUGAGACACCAGACCCCGCCGCCGCCUCCGCCGCCCUGCCGACCCGGCCACGGACGGUCGCUGAGCCUGCACUCGGCUGGUAGUGGAACGAGCUCAGGGGGAACGCAGAGCGCGCGGUGUCUCAUCAGCAAACUGGGAGACGCUGACCUGGACACGGAGCCAGCGCUGUUCAGUCUGCGCCACUCCGCACCCGACGAACCGCUCCACAUGACCCUAGAGGAGGUGCGUCGGUCGGUGUGUGAGCUGCCGGCGGCGACAGGGGCGGCGGCUCGGCCGGAGGCAGACUCCCCGCCGCCCCCGCCCCCGCCCGUGUCGCCGCCGCCGCCACCGCCGUCCGGCGGGGUGGGCCGGCGGCCGUCACUGCCGCUACUGGGGACGGGAAGAGGGCUGCGCUGUGCGCCUCUCUCCCCGCGCCGUGUGCUGCAGAGUCUGGCCCGAGUCCGUCAGGACCUGCGACAGCUUCUGACACCUCGCCGCGACCGCCGCCCGAACGCCACGACUGCCGCGACUGAGCGUCCGCCGGCCCCGUCCGAGACGCCGCCGCCGCCGCUGCCGGAGCGGCCGCCGCCGGCCGAGGCUGAGGAAGAACAUGACGACCAUGAUGACGAGAACUACCUGGACGGUAGCGGCAUCGAGGACCUGGAGAUGCUGGGGAUCACCGAGGGCUGGGGACCGUCACCGGCGCGCCGCGCCUCCGCCGGCCCGGCCGACUUCGCCACCAUCAUCGAAAAAGUCAAAGACUGCGGCUGGUACUGGGGCCCGAUCAGCUGCUCCUCUGCCGAGGCCAUCCUGAAGAACGAGCCGGACGGGUCGUUCAUCGUCCGCGACAGCAGCGACGACCGCUACAUCUUCUCACUGACGUUCAAACUGCGCGGCCUCAUCCGACACGCGCGCAUCGAACACAACAACGGAAACUUCAGUUUCGGCGGUAUGCACAAGUUCCGCAGUAACACCAUUGUGGAUUUCAUCGAGAACGCCGUGGAGUACUCGCGGAGCGGCCGGUACCUGUUUUUCCUGCACCGUCGGCCGGCGCACGGGCCGAUGAGGGUACAGCUGCUCCAUCCCGUGUCACGCUUCAAACACAUCCAGAGUCUGAAACACCUGUGCAGGUUUGUGAUUCUGAAGCAGAUCCCGCGCGACCACAUCGACCAGCUGCCGCUGCCGGAGCCGCUGAAACACUACCUCAGCUCACCGUGCUACUUCUCUGAGCAGCUGGAGGAGACGACGUGAGAGACACCUGGCGGCGUCGGCCGCGGCUGCAGUUCGCCUCCACCGAUAUGCGUCGCCUCGGUCGUGCACAGGUGAAUACCCUGACGCUGAGGCUCUGGGAGGCAUUUCUGGUUAGCUGGAGCGUGGAGGCUAGUUGCGUUGAGUUUGGGGUAGCCCGGCACCCGUUCUGUAUCCCUGGAGGGUUGAACACCACACCCUGCCUCUCGGCCGGAUGCUCUAAGGUAGGACUGAGGGCGAACCGCAUGGGGCGAAUGGCGCCACCCCGGCUCACUCGCUUUGGGUACAAGCUGGCAGAUUGCUUUAACCCAAAAGCCGGCGCUCGGCGUCGCUUCCCUGUGAGUCUCGCCAGACUCGGUGGUCGCGUGGAGCUUAUCGCUUGAUAGUUAGUUUUGUCACAACGCGGGAGAUGUCUUUUGUUGAUGCUGUGUUACACCGUGUGUUUGCGUGAUACGUCCCGCGGCUUUGUCUCACUUUAUUUAUUUAUUAUAUGUUGUUGACUGAUAGAGCGCUGGUAGAGGCUGCCGAAUGUGUUAUGCAGAGUUCUGCUUAUGCUGAGCGGGGGCAGAGCUCUGCACCAGAAGACUAGUCGUUUGUCCCAAAUCUGUUCUAUGUUUGCACUCUGGUGGAAGAUCUGGGGCGUCUGUCCCUGGUCCGGUGUAUUUGUGGGGUAAAUAUUGGGAGCACUUGCGGUAUGUCCGUCACCUGCGCCGGUCGCCUAGCCACUAACUCUUGCACUGAGGUUCUGUCG